GUUGGGCACAUGUCAAGAAGCAGGUCCAGCCGGGGCUGAGAAAUCUUUGACUUUUAAGAACCUAUGGCCGACAGGGUAACAUAAACCUCCUCGACGAGCCGAGCGAGCCAUGGUGCCCAUGUUAGGUUUGGCCUAUUGGCCGCUCCUUCUCUGGCUCCCGCUGAUUGCUGUACAGUAUGCAGCUGUGGUUCACCUCGGUAGCGGAAUGCAGUCCGCGGUGCACUCUAUCACGGCCAUCUUGGUGGAUACGCCUGUGUGCAGUCUGAUGAAGAUCAUUUGGUGUGUGAUGCUGGUCUUGUGUUUGGACUGCGUCCGCAACGUCUUCAAGCCAGGAACAGCGGCUGGAAGCGACAUGCAGACAGCGCAGAUGUUCGAGGCCUAUGCAGCCAAGGAGGGCGCUUUGGUGCUCGCUCUCAACCUUGCCGCCAUGAUGGCCAUCCAGGCGUUGCAUGUGAUCACUGGACGCUAUGCGAAGCUGGAACUCAAUUUGGACGCUAUGAAGCGACAGGCCCAGCAGGCGAGCGAGUUUUCCAAACAGCUGAUGGCAGACUCCAAGGACGGUAAAGCGCCAGAGACCAAGAUGGAGUCCAAGAAGGAGGAAGAGAAGGAGGGUGAGCUUCGGAAGCGUGUAGACUGAGACAUAUUUACAGGUCUGAGAACAGCUGAGAAACAUGACAACAACAUGCAAGUGAGCUCUGCACACGGGAGGUGUGCCCAACACAGGUUGGACAUGGGGCACAGCCCGGGCAGCUGCCACUGCAGUUUUGGACAUGGCGCUGUUGCGUGCGCCGAUGGCUUACACGAGAAAAUGCUGUGAG